GACAUUUAUGUAAUAAUAAUUCAAAUAUUUUUACUAUAUCUUUGUAUCAUUUCAUGCAGAAACCUCAUAUGAACUUGGCAAAAAUUUAAAUAAAACAUCCACCUUAAGUCAGCUAUAUCUUAGUUGGUUUAUGAAUGCUAUUUAAAUGCCACCCACCUUAAUUUUACUAAACUUUUAUUCAGGGAAACAAAGAUGUGGAAAUGGACAGGUGCUCUCACACCUGCAUGCAAAUGCAGGACAUACACACUCGCCCGCCUUGCCCCGAGGGCCUGUUGUAAUUGGCAUAUGCUUGUAUUGGUGACGCACUUCUGUAUCAGGUGCCGUAAAUGUAUCCCCCAAAGGCAGAAAGCCACCAAUGGCAGUUGGGCUGCUGCCUGAUUCUGUCCUUCCUGUUUACCACCUGCUCGUAGGUUUUGAUGAUUAAAAAGUUGUGUGGGUUGCUCUGUACUGCAUAAUGUGCUAUAAUGACUAGCAUGUAGGGUGCUAUAGUAGUGCUACUUUUAACUAGCAGCUUAGUCUCAAACUGUUAGGAUGCUCUCUCUUCCCUGGGCUGAUCUACCUCGUCCAGAGUAGCCAUAUUACACCUGCGGGAUGUGUGAUGUUCAUAUCGACAUAUCAUGAUGACCCUGAGCUGUAAGUCUGAUAUGGUGGCACUGGUGCGCUGAGCUGCGAGCUGCAAAAGGCUCCGGUCGCAGAAUGAGGCGAGGGAGUAGCCUGCAGAGUCGACGCGGCAAAGCGGUGAAGGAUUUUACCAAAAGCAGUUCCCAUGAUGCACCGGUGCAGUCCACCCGGCCACGUUCCUCCUCGACCGACAGCGCUUGCAGCCCCAGCCUGACUGACACGUUGCUGGUCCCCAGUGACGAGGCGGACAGGCUGGAGCGACCCGAUGCGAGUGGGCCGGCCCUGUUCCCCAGCCUCCCAGGCAGUGGCGCUAACGGCUUGCCACACCUAGAUGACAGCAUUGAUGGCGGCACCCUCGACCCUAGGCGUUCCCGGAGAGUGGUGGCCCAGUUACGACAGAAGAUCCUUAAGCUGACUGAGCAGAUCAAGGUGGAGCAGGCCGCACGUGACACCAAUGUGGCCGAGUACCUGGAGCUGGCACAUGGGGCGGCUGACCGGCAGCAGGCCGCGCGCAUCAAGCAGGCCUUCGAGAAGAAGAACCAGAGGUCUGCACAGGGCCUGCAGCAGCUGCAGAGCAAGUUGGAGCGCUACCACCGUAGGCUAUGCGAGGCGGAACGAAGUGGCACAGCCCGCCAGCCCAAUGACCCUCCGCUGGGCCUCAGGGAUGCAAGUGCCAGGGCAGCAGGUGGCAGCAGCUCCCAGGUCACCACAACGACCAAGGGCAAGGAGAACGCCUUGCUCAUUCAAGACAGGUUCAGCAGCAUCGACAACAUCGCCACUUUGAAGGACGCCCCCGAGGAAAGUAAGGUCGAAGAUGGGGCCACUGCUAUAUCCCCCCGGCCUGGCCCUUCCUACGAUAGCGAGGACGACUGCUCCAGUGCCACAUCUGGAUCUGCGGGGGGAGCUGACAGCACUACAGGGGCCCUGCAGGGCCCCAAGGCAUACGCACAGAUCAGUGCUCCAGGCCUGGCCUUUGAAACACUGCUCCACGAGGUGCGGGAGGUGCGGGAUGCCCAGGACCAGCUGGUAGAGUCCCUGGAGAACCUGAAGGCCCACUACCAUCGAGACUACACCUUCAUCAUGCAGUCACUACAGGAGGAACGUUACAGGUGUGAACAUCUGGAGGAGCAAUUGAACGACCUGUCGGAAUUGCACCAGAAUGAGAUUUUCAUCCUGAAACAAGAGUUGGCCAGCAUGGAGGAGAAGGUGGCCUAUCAGUCCUAUGAGCAGGGCCGUGAUGUCCAGGAGGCGCUGGAGGCCUGUCAGACCCGUGUAUUUAAGAUGGAGCAGCAGCAGCAUGCGGCUCAGCAGGAGGAUCCGGAGAGAGCCGCAGCACGGACGCUCCUGGGGAAGCUGAUUGGUGCACUCCUGGUUGCCAUGACAACUGUGGCCGACUGCCUGCCGCCCCUCCUGCAGACUUUCGGUCACUCCAGCUGCGCACUCUGCCUCCUCCUACUGCUAGCCCUGCUCUGGAGGGGUUGGGACUUUACUUCAGAAGCCUGAAGCCCCUCUUUUCGAUGCCUGAAAUGACCAGGACUGGCCGUUAUUUAAGAAGGGAAAGAUGGGGACAGUGGAGUCAGGUGACAUCCUACUAAUUUUUCAAGAAGUGAUUUGUUUACAUUUAGAAGAGGACAGUUUCUAUUACUAGUUCAGUGACACUGUUUAUUAUUAUUGUGCUGAAACUGAUUGUGUGGAAGGUUCCUUUUUUCCACUCACUUCUCUAUGUCACCACCCUUAAGUUCUCUUGUUUGCCAUAUACUUCCUGUUCCCUUUUUGCCCUCUUCUGUUAUUUUGCCCUCCAUCUUCCUGCUCCUUUUCUCCUCCCAUCUUAGCAGGAGCCAGCAGCUCUGCUGGGGCAAUGGGGAGAAUUCCAGGCGGUGGUCCCUGUUACAGCAGGAAGACAGGAAUGAUACGUGAAACCUACUUGAAGAGCAGAAUGCUCACUCUAUGCUUCCUGUCAGAUAGCCCUUUUAUUUUUUUAAGAAUAAACCUGCUGUUUUUACUCGAAA